AGACUGUCAAGGAGAGUUAAAGACCUGCUGUUAGAUCAGAGGCAUGCCCAACUCUGAUGUCAGUAAAGCAGCCUCCCAGACAAUCUUCAUGCCUUCUUUCUUAUUCUCCAUAAUUUGUGAUGACUUGAGGAACUGUGCCAGUUUGCCUGGGGGGGAGGCAGGAAAAUGAGAGGGGAGAAAGCUCCCAAAAUCAUAACAGCUGGUGUCUUUAAAUAUUUCAACAGUCAUGAAGUUGGGUGGGGGGUGACACACUUAAUCAUUGUGGGUCCAGAAGGCAAACCUAAGAUCAGUACAUGAAUGAAACAGAAAAAUAGACGACUCACUUCAUAGAAUGAAAGUAUUUAAAGAAAGCUGGUCAAAAAUCAAGCUAAGUAUGAAGUAUUGAGUUGACUGUAGGUGAUGGUAUUCAAGCAGAAGCUGGAAAUGCAGGGAAAUGCAGACAAGGUUAUAGAAAAGAUUCUUUUAUUGGGAUGGGCUAUUGACCUAGAUAGCCUUUAAAGCCCAUUGUAGCUUAAAGAUGAUAUAGUAACGGUUAGCAUUUAUUUAACACUAUAGAGUCACUAUAAGUCAGAAUCCACUCGAUGGCAAUGGGUUUGGUUUUUGGUCUUUUAAGCCAAAUAAAGAAGCCCUGGUUGCACAAUGGUUAAAGCAAUCGGCCGCUAACUGAAAUGUCAGCAUUCAAACUCACUAGCUGCGGCACGGGAGAGAGAGGUGCCAGGCUGCUUUCAUAAAGAUCACAGCACUGGAAACCUUAUGGGGCACUUCUCCUCUGUCCUGUAGGGUCUCUAUGCAUUGGAAUUGACUUGAUAGCAGUAGGACUGUUUUUUGGUUUAUAAGCCAAAUAUGGAGGCCUGGUGGUGCAAUGGUUAAUUGCUGGGCUGCUAACUGGAAGGUCAUUGGUUCAAAUCCACCAGCUGCUCCAUGGGAGAAACAUGUGGCAGUCUCCUUCCAUAAAGAUUUACAGACUUGGAAGCCCUAUGGGGCAGUUCUACUCUAUCCUAUAAGGUUGCUAUGACUGGAAAUUGACUUGAUGGCAAGUUUUUGGUUUAUGAGCCAAACACUGUUCUAAGCAGUCUGAAUAAGUUGUCUCAUUUAAUCCUUACAAAUUUAUGAAGUGGGCACUAUUAUUUUUCUCAUUUUAUAGAUAGGAAAUUAAGAUCUAGGGAGGUCAAGUCACUUGGCCAAUUGUCACAUGGCCGGUAAGAUGUAAAGCCAGGACUUGAAUAGCACAGGCUGAUUCCAGAAUCCACACUCUUUAUCUUCAGUGAGAUUGAGGUGUCUGAACCUUUGACAUCAUUGCUCAACAGGUAUUGUGCUAAGACAAUCAGCAGGAAGAGCCUUGGGGCAAUAGUGAUGGACUUUGAUGGGUUGACAAGUUCCCCUUCACUCAGUGAGUUACUUAGCUCGGUAAUCUCUGAAAUGUCUACAAGUACUAUUACCCAAGGGACACCUCACUGCCUAUUACCUCAAGCCAGAAUGAGAUAAUCUUACUCUUGACAGUUUCUAAGUGAUGGGUUAGUCCGCACUUAGAACGUGUAGAGUGGCCUUAAAAAAAAAAAAAAAAUUUUUUUUUUUUUUGGCCUUACAGGUGUGUUUUUUUGCUUCUUUUGUGAGGUUAGAGGGAAUAUGCUUGUGUGACCGAGUUUUCCAACCUGACCAGAGAGUCUGUGAGAGCAGGAAGUGCAGCCAUGUUUCAUGGAACCCAGCAGAUCCCUCCUCACCUACAACAAGUCACCCUGGGUUCAUAGAUAAGAGCACCGAGCUGACAUGAUUCUGGCAGACACAGCCUUGCCCUCAAGGAGCUUAUGAACUAUUAGAAUUGUCAUAGUCGCCAUUUACCCUAAUACAAAAAAGAACAUGGCAGACGCAAUACAGGUGCCAAAAAGGGUUUUUAGAACUUACCUGGAAGGAUGAGAACAUAUUUUCUACCGAAAACAUUUGGGGAAUCUCCUCAGUUUUGGUAGGAUUUUAGCCCAUUCAUUCAACAUCAAUUUUUGAUACUUGUUCUCAAUGCCUGGAUUGCAUCAGCGAAUAAGCAGGAUGCGGAACCUGUUCUCAGAGAGCUUACCAUUUCUUGGGAAGACAGAUAAUUAAUCCUGCCAUUACACAGACAGUGGUUAAGAGAGUGGACACUGGCAUCAGACUGCCAAGGUUCAAAUCCCUGUUCUACCACUUACUGGCCAAGUGACCCAGGGCAAGUUACCAAACCAUUUCAAGGCUUAUUUGACUCAUUCAUAAAACGUAAAGGUAAAAUAACCUUCUACAUAGAGUUAUUGGGAGGAAAAAUGUAAACACUUAGCAAGGUCGCUGUCCGGCAUUGUAAAUGCUCGGGGAAUGCUAGAAAUCUUUAUAAAUGUUGGGGCAUGGAAAAUGUAUACUGCUAUGGAGCACACAGGAACUUUUCCCUAUGUCCAGUGUGAGGGAAUAAGCAUACAAGGCUGGGUAAAGCGCUUCAUGAUGAAGAUGGGAAGAAGAAUUUCAGGUGGAAAAAACAGCAAGAACAAAGCAGAGAGGUGGGAUUCUAGGCCCUGUGGGAAGGAGAAGAGUCAGACAGGUGGACUGAGAAAGGGUGAGGUGGUAGGAGCUAUGAUUGGUAAAUUAGAUUGAGACCAGAUCAUGGGGAACUAGAGUGACAGGCUGAGCAAUUAACCCAAGAGGGCAGUCCUAGAGCAGGAGUUGACACUUUUUGCAUUCUUUUUGUAGGCUCUGCUAAGUUUACUUGGAAUCAGAAAAGUUUGGAGGACAUUUUGACUCAUGUAAAGAUAUAACCUAGAGCUGUCUGCAUGGGGUGGUAAUUUUAUAAUUUGGUCAUUUAAAGAUUUGAAGAGAUUUCUAAAUAACUAUCAGCCCUUAUUUAUUUAGAAAAUAUUUAGUAAGGAAAAAUUAUGAGUCUUGCAAUAUUUCCUCAUUGGAAAAACAGACAGUAGCUCUUUAUAUAUGAUAUUUUUGUGUACCUAGGGGGUUUUGGAGAGGGGAAUCUUGUCUUUACCAAAGCUAUAGGUGUUUCAUGUAAUUGCAGACCCACAGAUUGUUAUAGGAGGGAGAAAACUUACAGGGCAUGUGGUACAGUUCUACUCAGUUUAGGGAUGCUGAAAUGUAGGACUAGAGAGGCCAAGUUCCCCGGGUCAUACAGCAAGUCAAUGACAGAAUGUAGGCCCUCCUUUCUCUCCUUCUUGUCCUCUUCACACAGUUCUUGCUAAUAGUGCAUCUGAUCAGAGAUGGUCUAGAUAAUCUCCAAGAGCCCUUCCACUCCUUGACUCUGUUUUAUACAUUGUUGUGUUUACCAAGUUAUGUGGUGGAGGUUCAGCCAAUACAAUCGAACGAUUUAACGUGAUCCAGGAUUAUUUUGUGGUUUCUGUGAAAUCACAUCCAGAGCAGUUCCUCCUUACUUCCAGAGGAGAGAAACUAUGUUUUCUCUUUUAUUGCUUUUUUGGGAAAAGUCAUCCUUGGAAGGAGGAUGGUGUGUGGCAGGAUGAAAUUUCCCUUCUCUUCCACCUCCUACUUGCCUUGCUCCCUUUCUCCUGGUGAGUAGAGGGUCUUUGACAUAAUAGAAUGGACAGAAUCUUUGUUAGUAUAAUAAUCAAUCAAGCUUAUGUAGUGGGAAGUGGUCAGUAUUAGCGGAAGAAAGGUUUUACUUGCUUGUAGAUGUUUCACUCUGAAAGUUGAAUUAGGCUCCUGAAGGGAAAGCAGAGGGACAAAGGAGGCUGAAGAGAACACAGAAAAGGGACCAGAGAAAGAAAGGAAAGUUCUGAGUACUCUUCCUUGGUGGGCCCUCUGUAAACUGAUGAAUAAUUUGAUGGACAAGUACAGGGAGGUUGUGCUCCACCCUCUGAACCCCAUGAGUAUGACAGUCAAACAACGUUAAGAUUUUCUGAUAAUGUAUUGUGCCUUCAUUCCCUCCUAUACAUUCCAUGAAGAACCAAGUUGUUAGAGUUGAACAAAUGCAUGGCUUUUUAAAACCACCUCGGGAAGUCCAUCUCGGGGGGGUAUAACCCAAUCUUGAAGAAGAUACAUGGUAGUGGCUGCUAGGCAACAGGAACAUGCAUAAGGCUCAGUUUUCACUUCCUAGGCCAAAAAAAGGCUCUGGGUUAGUCUAGGUCACCUGGCUGAUCAGUGUUCACUGGGCACAGAAUGGGUGGGAAUAAUUCAUCUUUGUAUCUCUUGUGCUUAGCAUAGAGCCUAAUAAUAGUUGAGAAUUCAGAAUUUUUGAAUAAAUUAAUGAGCAAAAAAUUUGCUACUUCCACACAAGUAAUGGUUCUGGGAAAUACAUUGUCUUUUUUUAUUCUGGAUCAAAUAUCUUGAAAAUGGAGAUGAUAACUUUUGAAGGCUGGGCCAUUUUUCUUGACUAUGCCCUCCUUUUAGUUACUAGACCAUGUUUGGUUAUAGUUAUAGUAUAUUUCCUGAUUAAUAACUUUCUCAAAGACUAGGUCAGGAACUCAAAAAUAAGCACAAAAGAGACAGAGAAUGUCACUGGAAUAAGAGUUCAAGAGUGCAAAGACUGGGAAAAUUUAGACUUAGGACUGUGACUGAGAUGAACGGGGAAUGUGGCAUGGAUGCAGCUUUGACAUUGCCCUGGAAGACAGUGAAUUUCCAGGACUCACAGAGUUGAGCUGUAUCUUGGAAGAGAAGCUCAAUGGCUGUGGUUAGGGGAGAAGGUAGGGAGCGUUUCCUAUACAUCAUGGUUUGGCAUGUAGUGGAGGGGGGGUAGUGAUGGGUUGAGUACCUGUAAUGCUUUUCUUUUCUGUGUUCAAGGGUGAGCAUCCCCACUGCAGGACUGGUCUAUUCCUUUUUGGCCAUGUUUUGGGGUUGAUAAAAGCAUUGUGGAAGCACUGUAGAAGUGUUGGGUUUGCUAGAUUGGUUUACUCUUUUGUUAUUUUGUCUCUCUGAUCUUUAGUUUACUUUUCUGCAAAAUAUUGUCAACUCCCACUUACCUCAUAGAAGUUGAUACAUCUUUCUCAAGGAACUAAGCUUUUUGGAGGCCAAGGAAAAAUGAUCAGGCAGUGUGAUACAGAGUCUCUAAAGAUUAAAAAAAAAAGAUAGCUGCCUUCAAUUCCUUCCCUCCCAGUAUGCACAUGUCACUUAACCAUGAAGAGACGAGGUUUAUUUCCCAGCCUCUUAAAUCUGGCUGGCCUUGUAUUUACUUUGACCACUAGAAUUAGAUGGGAGCGAUGCUGGGGAUUUCUGAGCCCAGGCCUUAAAAGGACUAGCAAAUACUGUUUUCUUCCUCUUGGAAUGGUGCUUCUUGGAAAUCAAGUCACCAUGCAAUGAGGAAGGUCAAGCAGCUAAGUGGAGAGGCCCAUGUGGAGGAAUGCCAUAAACAAUGCCAUAGCAGUGAAUAAGGCAUUCUCUAAGUCCAUAAAAGGUAUUCUGGUGGAAGCAUUGUGGAGGAGGAAGGCAAAUCCACAUCCAGUGUCUAUUCCAGUGAGAAAAAAGUACUGCACUUUUCCUGAUGGAUAUGGUCCAAUGUAAUCAAUCUGCCAAGGGGUAGCUGGCUGCUUCCCCUAUGGAAUUAUGCCAUAAUUAAGGGUUUAGUGUUGAUGUCCACUCUUGGCAGAUUGAGCACUCAGUAGCGAACUUACAGAAUUCCUCAUUAUCAUUAAGAUAUUCCAUAGAGAAGUGCUUCUGAUUAGGAACUCAUUUUGCAUCAAAUGAAAUACGGCAAUAGGCUCAUGUUUACAGAAUUUACUGUCUUAUAUUCUCCAUCAUCCAGAAGCAGUUGGCUUGACUGAACAGUGGGAUGGCCUUUGGAAGACUCAGUUAUGGAACCAGCUUCCUUGCAUAGCUGGAAAGUGUCCUCCAGGUUGUGGUAUAUGCUCUGAAUUAGCAAUCAAUAUAUCCCAGUUCCAGUAAUUAAAGAGUGGAAAAUGGAAUGGCUCUCUCAAAAUUACUCCUAAUAGUACACUAGUGAUCUGUUUUUCUUCCUGUCCCCACAACUUUAGGCUCUUCUGGUUUAGAGGUCUUGGUUCUCAAGAGAAGAAUGUUCCUACAGAGUGAUGGUUCAAUUAAGCUGAAAGUUGAGACCACUACCCGGCCACUUUGGACUCUUUAUAUCAGUAAAUCAACAGGCAAUGGAGCAGCUGACUAUUUUGGUUCUGUGAAGGUAGGGCAUUCUGGGAGGGGAAAUUCUUUGAUGUGGGACAGUUGGGCACAUUUAAAUCCCUAGUCACUGGGCACUAAAUGCCAGUAUCAAAUUCUAGUCAUUGGUCCAGGCCCAAAACAUACUACUCCUCCCUUUCCAAACCCUUAGGGAUAUGGAACUGCCUGUGGUUGAGAAUCACUUUUUAUUAGUGCAUCAUUUCAAGAGUGACAAUGUUUAUUUUUUAUAACAUUUUGGUAAGCAAUAAUAGAACAAUAAGCUUUAUAAAAUAUUUCUUAUUGAGCUAAAUAAAAACUAGAAGCAUGGUUUCCUUUCUUUUCACCACUGUAUUUUCUAGUUGGAGAUUUAGUUUUUAAACCAUUUUAUGGAUUUAAAAUAUGACUGCACACUAUGAAAUUGACCUGGUGGGGUUCUAUAACUUUAAAGAUGCCCAGAAUGGUAAUCUAUAAAUUUUGGAUUCAUGGCAUCAGAGAUGAUUUGAUAGAGCCAAACCUGUUGCCGUAGAGUUGAUUCUGACCAUAUAGGGCAGAGUAGAACUGCCCCAUAGGGUUUCCAACAAGCAGCUGGUGGGUUUUAACUGUUGACCUUUUGAUUAGCAGCUGUAGCACUUAACCACUGUACCAGCAGGGCUCCUAUAUUUGAUACAGAGUAAGUUGCAAUUCCGCAGGGUUACCAGUCCUGGUAGAAAUAUUACUUUCUUAGAGAAAAACUCUCUUACACUGAAGAUGAAUUACACUGGCCUCUGGAUAGCAAGUGCAGGUUCUAAAUUAACCUUAAUGUGUGCCAAUGGGGAUUGCAUCAGCUGAUUAAAAGCACUCAUGCAUACACACACACACACACACACUCCACUCUGGUGAUUCUUACCUUUUGCUUUUUGUUUUUCAUCACAGUGUUUAUUGUAGCAACAAGAGCAAAAUACUUCCAGAGGAUUCUUUCCUGAUGUUGGGUAAUACCCUUAGGCUCCAGUGUAAAUUAUAAGGUCCACUCAGCUUCAUGUACUUUCUGGGAAUGUCCUCUGCCUCCUUUCUCACCUUGGCCUGUGGCUGCCACCUGAACUAGCUCCCACCCCAACUCUGAAGCUGGUUAAGCCAGUUUACUUCUCUAGGUAUUGCUUGCCUUAAUUCAGAGGCAAAGAAAAAAGGACUUGAAGGAUUUAAAGUUUAACAAAGGGUCCCAAAGAACUUAAACAGCCCUUCCAGUGUUAGUGUACAAUGGAUUUAGAAUUAAUUUCUGUCCUUUUCAUUGUCUGUAGUUUAAAGCCAAAGUGACGUCUCCCCAGAGCUCUUCAAUUCUGUAGCAGCUCAUGAGGAGACAGACCCUGACUCUGGGCACAACCUGGCAUGCCUCAUUAGAAACUUUCUUCCUUGAUCCAGCUGCUUCCAACCUACUUCUCAACCUCCAAGGAUUCAGGUUUCUAAGUAUAAAGCUCUCUGAAACCAUAUAUGGCUACAGUCAGAGGGGCCCUUAGAGUUGUCAUCUACCAUAAUUCUUCAUUGAAGAGAUGGGCAAACUGUGGCCAAGAGAAGGGAGGUGACUUGCCCAGGGUCACAAAGCCACCCAAUAGCAGAGCUAAGAUAUGUAUUUAUACCUCCUGACUCCCUGUUGAGUCCUUUUUCUAAUAAGCCAGGGUGUCCGGCACCAAUGAUUAUAGCUUUACCCAUAUGGUGUGCCUAGAGAUGUUUUGUGGUGCAGCAGUUAAAAGCUAUGGUGCACUACGGCUGCUAACCAAAAGGUCUGAAGUUCGAAUCCACAAGCUUCUCCUCGGAAACCCUAUGGAACAGUUCUACUCUGUCCUGUAGAGUCACUACAAGUCGGAAUCGACUUGACGGCAACUGGUUUGGUUUGGUUUGGCUUUUGGUAUUCUUUUAGGUAAGAUUUCAAGCUGAAUUUCCCUUUUAGCUCUAAAAUUUUUACACUGGGGUUCAACAGUCUGUGGCAACAGUAACAGGGACAUGGAGGGCAAGAAAAAACUCCUUUCUUUUGGGGGGGUGUGACCUCAGCAUAGCUUAGUGAACCAUUUGCUGAAAGAGUGUAAAUUUUACUUCCAAUUCUUGGAGCCUGGAAUGGCUCUAUCCAGUGAUGUGAAGGUGGAAACAUGCAUUUAUUCAGCAAAGGCUACACUCUAGAUCCCUUGUUGGGCAUGUUCAAAGAUAUUUGAUAUUCUCCUUCGUUAUACAACCAUCCUGCAAGGCUGGCACUGUCUUUACUUGAAAGACAAAGGAACUUCUGGCCACACAGUCAGUAAGCAACCAUGUAAAUUAAAAAUAUAUUUACAUAAAACAUCAACACAUGUUUGCCAGAAUGAAAAGAUGCACAUUAAAUAUAUUAGAAUGAUUACCAAAGAGGAUAUAAGGGAAUUAAAAAACAAACAAAAACAAACAGGCAAGCUGGUUUCAGAGCCCCUGCUUUUAAUUACUACAGAUACUACUUUCUUAUUACCCUGUUGCCAAGAUGAGUAAACUGAGGGUUAAAAUAAUGCAAAUCGAAGCAUUCAAACAUCCAUGCAAAAGCAGGAGGAGCACUUGGAAGGUAUCAGGGAAGAAGGCUCUGGUAUCAGAUGGGAGAUUGGACUUUCAGGUUCUCCUUUCUCAUCCCUGUCCUUCAGGAUCUGCAGGCUGUCCAUAAUUCACACUGUUUGGAGGGCUCACUCAGAUUCUUGCAGCCACGUCAAGCCUUUGUGAGAACAGAGUCAAGAGAUACUGUUUUCUGACUGCAGGAAGGGUUGUCUGUGAUGCUUGGAGUGCAGAUUCGUGAGCAUCAUCAAUUAUUUUUAUAUAAGUAGAUGACCAGAGUGUAAUUGUGAUAUGUUAAAAAAAAAGGAACACUUAUUGUCCCCAAAUAGAAGAUUGGCUCAAUAAAUUCUGCCCAAUCAGGAUAUAGGCAGUCUACAAGAUGUUACUGCAGAAUAACAUUAACCACCUAGAAAUAUAAUCAUGAUAUAUUGUUAUCUAAAAAAUAGGUCAUGAUAUGGUAUGGUUUAUGGUAUGUAGAAUAUGAUUCAAGAUUUGUAAAAACUUGCAUAUAUAUAAAUAGACAUACAUGUACAGAAAAAUAGCAGGAAAGGUGUAUAUAUCAUGGUAUUAACAGUGGUUAUCUUGGGUAGAGGUAUUAUGGAGGAGUCUUUUGUUUCAUUUCGCCUAUAUUUUCUAAUUUUUAUAUACUAAACCUGUAUUACUUUUAUAAAGAGGAAAUAAUUUAUUUAAAAAGCAGCAGAAGCAGGACUUAUGGUAAAAGCUGCCUUGCCCGUGGAUUUGUGCUCCUAUUCCAUAUCAGCUUGAAAAUUGUCUUGACUGCAUCUGCCAGGCUGAUGCAAUGGAUCCUACCUUUGUGCACAGGUGGCUGCUCUUGGACACAGUUGUUGCAGCAUAGGUCUCAUUGCAUUGUGGUUAUUAGGUGGAGCUUGCCCUCCCUCGUCCCUGACAAGACCAUGUGUAAAAGUGUGACCACAGGUGAGUGGAAGAAAGUCUUCUACGAAAAGAUGGAGGAGGCGAAGCCGGCAGACAGCUGGGACCUCAUCAUAGACCCCAACCUCAAACACAAUGUCCUGGCCCCUGGCUGGAAGCAGUACCUGGAGCUGCACGCCUCAGGCAGGUUCCAUUGCUCCUGGUGCUGGCACACCUGGCAGUCGCCCCACGUGGUCAUCCUCUUCCACAUGCACCUGGACCGCGCCCAGCGGAUGGGCUCGGUGCGCAUGCGCGUCUUCAAGCAGCUGUGCUACGAGUGCGGCACCUCGCACCUGGACGAGUCGAGCAUGCUGGAGGAGAACAUCGAGAGUCUGGUGGACAACCUCAUCACCAGCCUGCGCGAGCAGUGCUACGGCGAGCCGGGCGGCCAGUACCGCAUCCACGUGGCCAGCCGCCAAGACACCCGGAGGCACCGAGGGGAGUUCUGCGAGGCCUGCCAGGAGGGCAUCGUGCACUGGAAGCCCAGCGAGAAGCUGCUGGAGGAGGAGGCCACCACCUACACCUUCACCCGGGCGCCCAGCCCCACCAAGCCGCAAGCCGAGGGCGGCUCGGGCUGCAACUUCUGCUCUAUCCCCUGGUGCUUGUUCUGGGCCACGGUCCUGCUGCUUCUCAUCUACCUGCAGUUCUCCUUCCGCAGCUCCUUCUAAGAUCCCCUUGGUGUGCCCUGGGGGACUAGGGGCCCAAAGCUCAUGGAAGCCAGCCGGCUGGUGACGGGGAUCAGGGGAGACCUGGAUUGGGAGCAGGGUCAAGUUUCUAGCUGUUCCUGCCACUGCCUCGGUGAGGACUCUGGAGAAUCACCCAGUUUUCCAUCUGUAAAAUGAAGGGUUCAGGCUACAUCAGUGGUUUUCCAAGUGAAACCCUGGGCCCCCAAAUUCUGUAAGGGACCCUAGGGACUUUUGAAUUCAGAAGGUAGAUUGAGUGAGUGGGUUUCUGACACCUUGUCCAGUUACCCAUCCCCAACUCCUAUUUCCUCCUCUUGCUUUUAUCAGAACAGUUCCAUCUUAGAUGGAGUUCCAUUUAAGAUUUUUUUUAAAGGAAAAAAGGUUCAACUGCUUUUUAAAAAGUUUGAAAAUAGCAGAAGUAGGUGAUCUCAAAAGGCCUCUCUACAGGAACGCUCUCAUCCUUACUCUUGUAAAGCCCCAUCCACACCCCAUCAUCUCCCACUAGCUGUAACUGCAGCCUUAAAUAAACCUUUUUGCCCACUGUAGAAGCCUCAUUCAUGGCUCUGUCCCAUGCACGCAGCAAAGGUUUCUCUUGAAGGGAGAGAGGCAGGAGUAAGCACCAGACUGUCAAAGGUCCCCCUACUUCUGUUCCCCAGGACUCCAGCUUCCAGCUUCCCUCUCCUCAGGAUUUUUGGGUCUGCCUAGCUCAAAGAUGGUGGUUGGGAUGGAGUCCCACAGAGCAAGGCUUCCCACCCAUUGCAGAGAAUAACAGCCAGCAGAGAAUUUAGGGGAGAGGUUUAGAAGUGGUGCACAAAAUCCCAGGAAAUCAAAUAUAAUGAGUGUAUCUCUAGGGCCUUCAGAGUUCAGGGACCAAAUCUAAUUCUCAGCAAUUCUAAUGGCCAGAAAAAUGCAGAAGAGGACUGACCUCAUGGGUCCUUCACUGAAACCAUAGUUGAGCAGCUUUAGCAUCCUGCCCGUGUGUGGACCCUCUUACCAAAGACCAACAUUCUGCUUAGAACCACAGGAUUGGGGGGUUCUUGGCAAGAGAGGGGGCAUUAAAGAUGUGAAGUGCUUUGCCCGUAGAGAAGUGCAUAGAUACACAGCAGAAUCUUACAUUUGUAUAAAAUGGGGAUGUAGUACCCUUUUUUU